AUGUCCGCCGCACAGCUUCUCAACCCCAAGGCCGAGUCCCGAAGGAGGGGCGAAGCUCUGAAGGUCAACAUCAGCGCUGGCCAGGGCCUGCAAGAUGUGCUCAAGUCCAACCUGGGCCCUAUGGGCACGAUUAAGAUGCUUGUCGACGGCGCUGGCCAGAUCAAGCUUACCAAGGACGGAAAUGUGCUACUGCGAGAGAUGCAAAUUCAGAACCCAACUGCCGUUAUGAUUGCGCGAGCUGCGACGGCCCAGGAUGAUAUCUGCGGAGAUGGAACCACUUCCGUGGUUCUGCUGGUGGGAGAGCUACUCAAGCAGGCCGACCGUCACAUUUCCGAGGGACUUCACCCCCGAAUCAUCACCGAUGGCUUCGAGAUUGCCAAAGUGGAGGCUCUUAAGUUCCUCGAUGACUUCAAGAUCGCCAAGGAGGUCGACCGAGAACUUCUCAUCAGCGUUGCACGAACAUCCCUGGCCACGAAACUGAACUCAACACUCGCUGUUCAGCUUACCCCCGAUAUCGUCGAUGCUGUUCUGGCCAUCUACCAGGCCCCUGCCAAGCCCGAUUUGCACAUGGUUGAAAUUAUGAAGAUGCAGCACCGUACUGCCGCCGAUACUCAACUGAUCCGUGGUCUGGCUCUGGACCACGGCGCUAGACAUCCGGAUAUGCCGAAGCGACUGGAGAACUGCUACAUUCUGACGAUGAAUGUAAGCUUAGAGUACGAGAAGACGGAAAUCAACUCUGGAUUCUUUUACAGCAGCGCCGAACAAAGAGAUAAGCUGGUAGAAAGCGAGCGCCGAUUCGUUGAUGCCAAGUUGAAGAAGAUCGUCGAGCUAAAGAAGGAGGUUUGUGGAAAUGACGGAAAGAAGAACUUUGUCGUCAUUAACCAGAAGGGUAUCGACCCCCUCUCCCUGGAUGUCCUGGCAAAGAACGGUAUUCUCGCUCUCCGAAGAGCCAAGAGAAGAAACAUGGAGCGUCUGCAGCUCAUCUGUGGAGGUAUUGCCCAGAACAGCGUUGAUGAUCUGUCAGAGGAUGUUCUUGGCUGGGCAGGUCUUGUCUACGAGCAGACCUUGGGAGAAGAGAAGUACACCUUCGUGGAGGAGGUCAAGGACCCCAAGUCAGUGACCCUCAUGAUCAAGGGUCCUAACGCGCACACCAUUGCACAAGUCACAGAUGCAGUACGAGAUGGUCUCAGAAGUGUUUACAACAUGAUUGUCGAUAAGAGUGUUGUUCCUGGUGCUGGUGCUUUCCAGGUCGCUUGCGCGACUCACCUGAAAGGAGAGUUCAAGGACGGUGUCAAGGGCAAGGCUAAAUAUGGUGUUGAGGCUUUCGCUGAUGCUCUACUCGUCAUUCCCAAGACGCUGGCUGCCAAUGCUGGACACGAUGUCCAGGAUGUUUUGGCCCAACUCCAAGAUGAGCACAACGAGGGUGAUAUCGUUGGUCUCAACCUCGAGACCGGCGAGCCCAUGGACCCCGAACUAGAAGGUGUCUUCGACUCGUACAGAGUCCUGAGAAACUGCAUGGCGUCCAGCUCCGGCAUCGCUUCUAACCUGCUGCUCUGUGAUGAAUUGUUGAAGGCGCGCCAGAUGGGUAGAGCUGGAGGUCCUGGCCCAGUAAACUCGAUAGGAACGAUGGCUUCAUACGACUCAGAUUCCUCAGACGGGGAGUUCGAGGAGACCAAUGUUCUCCUCGGAUAUGCCUCGAAAGAAGCCGACGAAGACACAAUCAAUGCCGACCACCCGCCAAGCGCUGCGCUGGCGCGAUGCAAAGUCUGCAAAGAUCUAAUGGUGCUGCUCCUUCAGCUGAAUGGAGAACUCCAGGAGCGCUUCCCUGGCCAUGAGCGACGAAUCUACGUUUUCGGCUGUCGCAGGUCUACAUGCCGCAGGAAGGACGGUAGCAUUCGGGCGCUAAGGGCACAGAGGAUCUGGAAAGACGAGGUAAAGGAGGAGCCGAAACCAGAAAAGACAGAGGAGAAACCGGAACCGGCACCUUCGAAACCAGACGCUCCAGCUUCAGGACUUGGUGAAGCUUUAUUUGGAGCGAAAGGGUUGGGAGGAUCUGCGUCUGCGAAUCCCUUCUCAAGUGGUGGCGCGAACCCCUUCUCGAGUGGUGGUGGCGGCGCAAAUCCAUUUGCACCUCCGUCGGCCUCCAACAGCAACCCAUUCGGCUCCUCUUCAAAGCCUGACACGCCCGCCGAGCCUGCGAAGGCAAGCGAGACCCAGGAGAAGGAAAAGUCUCUUACGAAAUCGUUCGCGGAAACUCUCUCGCUCAACGCUCCUCCAACUCAGCCUCCUCCACCCCCCGAGCCUUGGCCAGAGGCCAAAGAACAGCCUCAGCCAUACCCGACUCUUUACCUUGCUGACGCAGAGUACGAAACUCUUGACCCAACGCCAACCAAAGUCCCUGAGAAUGCUCGCAUUGAAGAUGCCGAUGCCCCUGAGCCUUCCGCGCUUGACCGGGAGGCGUUCGAGUCCACCAUGGACUCCGCCUUCCAGAAAUUUGCGGACCGACUCUCGCAAAACCCCGAGCAAGCCAUUCGAUAUGAGUUUGGCGGCACGCCUCUCCUCUAUUCCAAGACGGACCCCGUGGGGCAAAAGCUAUCCCAGGGAGGCAUGCCCGGCUGCGGCAACUGCGGUGGGCGCAGGACAUUCGAGGUGCAGCUGACCCCGCACGCGAUCGCAGAGCUCGAGGAGGAUGAUUUGAGCUUGGAAGGGAUGGAGUGGGGGACGAUCAUUGUCGGCGUUUGUGCGUCGGACUGCGUGCCCCGUGGCACGAAGACCGGAGAGGUAGGGCACGUUGAAGAGUGGGCAGGUGUACAAUGGGAGGAACUGGUGAGCAGAAAAUAA